AUGCUUAACGUCCCAUCAUUUACCAGCAGCAACAUGGCGCUUCUUAAUCAAAAAGCGUUUGAACGCAAGCUGCAAAAUAUGUCGUCCGCGCAGGACAGUGUGCAAACAGUUUCCUUGUGGAUGAUUCAUCACAAAAAGAAUGCCAGCGAUAUGGCGAAUGUGUGGUUGGACCAGCUCAGAAGAGGUAUUCUUUCGACAAAGAUGUUCACUUUGAUCUAGCUUACUAAUUUUAAAUUUACGUUCGUGGGCAAUGGCAUUUCAAAUUAACCCUCCACGAUUCUCUGACCAGCUGCUCACAGGGUCACUUGCCAAACGAUGUUUUGUUUCGUUGCAGCUUCAAAAGCUGAUCGCCGAUUGGUUUUGUUUUAUUUGGUGAAUGAUGUUCUUCAAAACAGCCGCAAGAAGGGCAAAGAGUUCAGCAAUGCAUUUACGAAGAUUCUGAAAGAGGCUAUGGUUCUUCUGAGGUUCGUGCAAAUGGAUUGUUUGUGUUCUUAAUCAUCACAUUAUACGGAUGUUUAAUGCAGGUGCGCGAAAGAUCAUCUUGGGUCUCAAUUUUUUAAAAAAAUUUUCUUUCAGCGAGAGUUCUAUUAAAGGAAGCGUGGAAAGAGUUAUAAAAAUUUGGGAAGAGAGAAAAUUGUUCGAAAAGGAAUACCUCGAAGCUUUACGCAGUAAGUUAGGUAAGCCUAUUUACUGUUGAACAGUUGUAAAAUAUUCAAAAUAUCCAGCUAUACCCAAUAUGUCAAUAAAUGCUUUUAUUUGUCUCAACUACAUUAAUGACAGUAAGGUACGACUUGAAAGAUACAAGAUACGAAGUGCUUCUGUUUGUUAAACAGUUUUUUGUGUUGAUAUUUCGAUGGCCUUUGGCAAUAAGGAAACUGUUUCACUUCAAGUGUUGCCUUUUAUAGGAAUUUCCAUCCCACAGAAUAUCUUUUUAUAAUUUUCAAUAAAAUGAUGACAAAAAUGUAAAUUGAAGUGAAUCUGUGGAUUUUACAUUUGUCUAUAUUUAAUAAAUAUAAAAAUGUGUCUUGUUCAGUGAUAGAUCACAUAUGAUGUAAAAAUGGUGUAACAACUAAAAAAUUGUUACAUGAGGCACAGGGGAUUGUGCCACAUUUUGAUGUCUUCUGUAAUCUGUUGCUGCACAGACCCAUGGCAACAUGGAAUCUUAAUGUUUUAUUUAGUAAAAAAAGUGAAAUGUUGUUAAUGGUGACAUCAGCUAUGCAUUUGAUCAUAAGUAAGAACCAAUCAAAACAUCUGUAUAAUUCAGCUUGUCAUUUACAUAUUAGUGGAUGAUGUUUCUUAUAUAAUCUAUGAUGUUUAUAGCCUCAGGUGAUAUUGCUAUUAUAAGCAAGAAAGUAAAAGAGAAAGCCAUCGAAAAAGAGAAGGAAAAGGAGGUGAAAUCACCCAAACAAAAGAGGUUACCACCAGCAGAUUUUAAGGUGAGAGGCCCUUCCCCCCGGAACUGGGAUCAUAAGAUUUAUCUCAGAAGCCUCAUAUGACCACAGUAGGUUAAAGGUUGAAAACAGUAAUCUCAUAAUUGUAUUCUCUCAAAUGUAUGAUCAAAUCACAGGGCAAUUUGUAUAUGAGAAUCUGAAAGCUAACAUCUUGUCAACAAAGUCAUUUUCCCAUCUUAGCCCUUUAUGUUCGAGCAUCUGUUUAAAUGUUCACCAUAAUGUUCUCUAUAUAUUUUCUCUCUUACUGACCAGAAGAAUUUGUUUGAUAAUCAGGAGCUUCUUUAUUUGGUGAUCACUUCUUUUAUUCCUAUGACUGUAAUGUCUGGUGUAGAAAUGAUAAUAUAGGGAGAAUUUAGAUGCUAGUCACUCUUAGAAGUUAAGAGCUGUUUUGAAAACAUUAAUGCUGAGUUGUCCCAUAUAUAUAUAUAAAAAGAAUGGCUUUCAUUGUGUUCAAAUUGAAAUGACUCCUAGUUUUAUUUUUUUUUCUUUGAUAGCAGUUUUUAUAACUGAAAUGGUCAUCCUGCAUAAAUAUGUUUUGUUACUAUUAUUUAUUACUAUCAUUAUUAUUAUUAUUAUUAUUAUUAUCAUCAUUAUCUUGAUUGAGUUUUUCAAUGCUUUGCGUAACACCAUUUCUAUGUUCAAUUGCCUUCAAAAUGAUGUAGGUUUAAUAAACUGUGACAUUCUGAAAAAAUAUCAUUAUGGAACUUGAGCAUUUUUCUAUUGUUCUUUUAUAACAUUUUGCUCAUCCUGUUCACCUUUUAAUAAUUCUUAGAUUUUUUUCCCUGGAUUUUGUGGAUUAUGUGUUGUGUCAAGAGGCAUCAUGUUCAAAUCUUUAUUGACCCCUAAGAUUGACUAGCAUAUAGUUUCUCCUUACAGUAUCACCCUUGAAUUACCAUUAAGUUCAUGAGAAUUUAGGAAAUGAACACCAACUAAAGCAGCUCUUGAUUGUUAAACAAAUUCUCCUUAUCAGCACCUGAGGAAAUGUAUGGAAAACUGUGGAGAAUAUGCAUACUGAUGUCAGGGUGUAAAGGGUUAAGCAAAAGAGAAUUUUUUUGUUAGUGCUGUUUCCUUAAGUUCUUUUUCCUUUCCAGCCCUCUAAACUGAUAGAUGCUCUGAAAGCUUUAAGGGAUUUUGAGGGAGAACUUACUCUCAAGGAAUCUCAACUGAAUUCUUUGAGGAUUGAUGCAUCAGAUCUGGAGAGUGUUCGCCAAUUAAAAGGUUUGUUGACUUUAUAAGUAACCUUCUACAAAAUUUCAGGACUAUCCUAACUUAAACUAACAUACUUUGACAGUGCAAGUAUUGUUACCAUGGUCAUCUCACCAAAACUGGCUGUUUUGAUUGCAGGAAAUGUGCCCUGAAUUUUUUUAAUUCCUUGUCAUCCUUGCUUGUUCAGUUUCUACCACCCAAUUGGCUCAAUUGAAUUUAUGCAGAAUCAUAGUUUGUUUCCCGUAUUGUGAUAGAUUAAUUUUGUCAGAAAGACCUUAGUAACUUUAAUGGCAAUAUAACAACACUGAUCAAUUAUAACCACCUUGCUUUUAGAACUUUAGAAUAGCUGAGGAUUAAUUCAGAGAUUAAGAGUUGAUUCUGUUGAGAAGCCAUAAUGAUAGCAAAAUAAAAGUCCUCCAAAAACAUCCUUACACAUAGUCUGAAACACUUUUUAUCCCAGCCAUUCCCAAGAUCUAAAUAGUAAUUCUCUUUAGUAUCUGUUAUAAAAUUCUUAUGAGGUUAGUUGGAGAAUUUGGUAUUGCAUUGACCACUUUGUUCCCCAUUAAAAUUUUUCUAUUGUUAAUUGUCAUCACUUGUCUGCUUGAUAUUGUAUUGAUAUUGUAAGGAGAAUUUCUGACUAGAUCACCCAUGGGAGUUAAGGGGUCGAUUGACUUUUGAUGUAGGAACCACGGUGUUGGACAUUGCUGUCAUCUUAUGUUUGUCCUUUUGUACACCCUGUGCUUUUUUUAGAUCGCACAGGUGGAGGAAAAUUUUGUGAGGAGUAUGAGUUGGCUACCUCUAAGUUGCAAGAGUUCUCAGAAACACUCAGGCGUGAGCAGGAAGAGAGGAAAAAUUUGAUCAAAGUACUUGAAGAUGGAGGAGCUUUCUUUGAUGUCGCCUAUGGAGAAGUAAAAGUCAUUGUUCAUGUGAGUAGCUACUCUACAAUUUCUGUCAUGUUCAUAGAUGCAUCAGUUUUCCUUGAUUGUCAGGGUGAUAUACAUAUUAAUAGCUUUUCUGCUUACUGAAGAAAUGAAAGAUUGAUCAAACUAUACAGUACAAUGGUAACACUGUUUAAAGUUGAACACAUGUACUUCAUGUGCAAACUGUGCUAGGAGUUACUACAUGUAUAUGCAGUAUGUGAUAUCCCACAAUUAGAGUAGUUUAGGACAUCUUAACUUUGCGGUAAGUUUUAUGACUCACAUCCUACUCUCCAUGCUCCUCUUUACUUUUUAUAUUUCUGACAUAAGCAACAGACAAGUGUAUUAAAAUGUUUGUAAAUAAUCUGUGUAGGAUAAGUUUUUUGCAAAUUUUCUUGAGUAGAAUUGAUGACUGGUCUUGUCUUUUUAUUACCUGAGCUCUGUGUAAUUGGGUAUGCAAUUUAUCAAAGGGAAAUGUAUGUUUUGUAGAUAAUAAUAUGGUUACUUUCAGAUAUGCAGUGGACGAAACUAGAUAUAUAUAUUUUUCUGUUGGUGUGGGUAAUAAUCUGCAUUAACUAAUUGUGUAACUUUAGUAAUUUGUCUUAAACUUUCCCAUAUUUCAGGCUUACAAGACCUUUGGAAAUCGUCUCACAUCACUGAAGAAAAAAGUUGAUGGCAAAAUGAACAGGCUAGCUCAGAAGGAAGCAGAGAAAGCAAAGACAGGGCCUGUAACAGCACCACAAUCAUCAUUUCUCACAUCAGGCCUUCCUGAAGUUGCAGAAGGAUCAGCCCCAUCAACUCCAACAGAAGGAAAGAAAGGCAGCAACAAAUCCCCAGAGGAAGAAAAACCCAUCGAUCCGACUGUUGACAACAUUGAAGUUGCUGACAUGGAAAUUGAAGAUGAUUCAGACAGUGAAAAGUCAGAGACAAGUGAGGAGGCUAGUGCAGACGAUGCCAAGGGUAGCAAUGUUCAAACACCUAACUCCACUGAAAGUUCAGAUUCCCAGCCAGCAAAAUCAACACCCCAGGAUAGUACUCCAUCAAUUUCCCCUGUUGUCAGUGUAGCGCCUGCCCAACCUCUUACUCCAAAUCUGGGUACUGUGAUGCCACUGCGGGGCAGCAUGCUGCCUCAUCAGCCACAACUAGGUCCUCCUGGUCCAGCUCCAGUUGGAGUGGUCAUUCGUCCUUUUAUGGGGGUACAAGGGGCUCGUUUUCCAGCUCCUGCACCUCAGUUCAGACCUGGAGGUCCUCCAAUACGGCCUUCUCCUAGCAUGACUCAAAAUCAGUUAAUGCAGCCGUCAGGACCCUUACCUGGUACAGGACAUGCCAUAAGGCAAGAGCAGCCAUUUCCACAACUGUCAGGUCAAACAGUGUUACUUCCGAGAGCAAAUGCGCAACUUCCGGGUAGUAUGGGGUCUCUGCAACCACUUGGUAGCGGCUUUGUACACAGUCAAGCACCUUUGCCAGUUGCAGCACCUCUUCAGGUCAUGACAGGUUCAGUCCCAGGAACUCAGAUACACCAAGUGAUUGAAGGUCUUUCACAGGCUGGUGGUACUAUUGGGUCGCCUGAUUCAGAGGCGUCUGCUCCGUCACCGGUUGGUUCUCCGGAGUUGCAUUUAGUUGAAGGUGACGAGACACCAGAAACAACACCAGCUCCACUUGGGGAUGUAGACGUAAAAGACAAUACCGGUUUUCAGACAAACAAAUCAUUCUUUGAAAAUGCUAUAAGCAACUCAGGACCAGGCCUUUCUGGGGCACAGCCUACAGCCAAGGCAUUUGUUCCUGCAAUUGUAUCGGAAUCGUCGUCUUCCAGCAGUACCCCUUCUGUUGCAGACCAGCUUGGAGGGCAGGAUGCUGCCUUGGCAAAAAAAGAUAAUGGACAAAAAGUCAGUGCUGUUGACAUAUUGGCUCAGUUGCUUAGUAGAGGAAGACAAAUGCAGCAACAGUUUGACGUGGAAGUCAAUUGUACAACCGUUGCUCCAACAGUUGUUUCUGCUCCUUCGGCUCCUUCGGCUCCUUCGGUCGCUCCACAGCAAAAUUCUGAUACGCCUCAAAGUAAACCCCUCCUCUCUUUGAUCGACUCAUUGUUUCCGAAGCUGAGUGACUCUAUAAAAACGUUGAAACAGAAAGAGCAGUCGGGUAGUUCACCUCAGUCAUCAUUUGAUCCUCCUGUAGAUAACAAUCCAAAAGGUGUGCCGUCUUGGCCAGCACCCACUGAAGGCCAAUUUCAACCUCUUUCUAAAAUCAGACCUGAGCAGGCACCUCCCCAACGGUCAGAACCACAAAUCAUUGCGAAGAGAGGACCUCAAAGUAAUGAGGAGUUUAGAGGAGAAUCAUCGUCGAACUUCUCUGAAGAAAGACCAAUUGGAGGACCGAUGGAAAUGCCUCCUGAAUCUGGAGGUAACACUGGACUUGGUGCGAGACAUGAUCACGUUGAUUCUCAGCCACCUGAGGCACGUGAAGCGACACGAGCAGGAAAUUUUCCCCGACCUGGCCCACAUUUUCUAGGUCCUUCAGUGAGAGGAGGUUCCCCGCGCUUUCCGCAGGAGCGACCUUUUGAUCGUCCUGGCAACUUGUCACCUCGUGGAAUACCGCCAUUUGGACCGAGGGCGCCUUUCCCACAAGCUCGUGGUCCCCAGUUUGAACAGGGAAGGGAUAGUGCGGGUCAACCAGUUCAAAGGCGUGACGGUCAACCAGAGAUGUCCGGGCGUGUUCCUCCCGAUCAAGUACCUCAAGGUCAUUCUCCAAGAGGUUCAUUCGAAACCACGUCUAUCCCUCCGGAGCAUCGUCAAGAACAUCGUCCACACGGGAUACCUAGGGAAGAAGGAUUUUCUAAUGGCCCACGUAUGGUGAAGAGGCUAUCAACUGAAGGAGCUCCUAUUCAUCGACCUGAUUCCCGACGGUCACCGCACGAACAGAUACCCAGAGGCGAUGCACCACCCCCUCCCCCACAUCGUGUGUCGCACUCGGGAAUGAUGAAUGACGUUGAGCGAAGGAGAGAGUUUGAACGCUGGGAAGAACACCGAAGGGAACCUUUCAGAGACCAUGGUAGAGGGCCAUGGGAAUUUCCACAUGACCAUCCUGGCCAUCCCCCUCCCGGAUGGAGAGGCCCUCCUGUGUCACCUCAUGGUGACCCUAAUCGAGUGGACUUUCGCGAAGACGACCCUUCCUUGUGGACUUCUUUCGAAGGUCCAGGGAGGUCGCCUAGGUCUCGCGAAGGAUUCAGAGAAGGCCCACCUGAAUUUAACAGAUUUCACGGCUAUGGACCUCCUGACAGAAGGCGACAUUCUUUGGGAGACUUUGAAAGUGAACGAAUGCGUCCUCCCUUAAAAAGACCGGGGCCACCUCCGGUCCCUUUUUCAGGACCUUCAAAACGCCCUUUCUAUUAACCUCGUUUAGCAAUACCUUGUCUCUUAUAUUUGAUAUUUCCUCUUUAUAAAUCUUAUUUUAUGUGGAAAGCGUCAAUAGACAGCGAAGCUAUUAGAAUGCUUUCCAUGAAAGUCGACAUACAUGUGCCGGUUUUAAAAGGCCAGAAUAGUAAACUACUCUUUGGAAAGAAAAUGAAUCAUCUUAUUACCUUCUUCCUUAUUUAGUUGUGUUUUAAUAUGUUUUCCCAAAUCGAUGAGGUUUACAUGUAACUUUUUCAAUAUGAUAACAAACAUCUUUUCGUUACUUCCUGUUUGCUUGUUACAUGACUCAAGUUAAUCAUAGCUCAAUUAAUGAAAAUGAACGAGUGAAGUCCAAUUUCCCCAGUUGAGAAGUAGUCUCGCUUUGUUGUCUCGUUUUACCUUCUAAAUUUUCAUGAUUAGUUACUACCACACAUGGAUUGGUGGCUGACCUCAAUGCCUGUAGUAUGCAUAAUUUAGCAAC